UAUAAGCUCUCUAAGCUUUCCAAAACUAUGCCAUCAGCAGCAAAGUUUGACAAGAAAAUGUCUCCCAAAUUGUUUGUUUUGUUAGUUAUUUUCUCCCUUCAUUGUCUCUUGGCAUUGGCCUCAGACCCAGACCCAAUUCAAGAUUUUUGCAUACCAAAUCCUAAGUAUGGUGCCAUAAGAACAGCUAGGUUCACUAUCCUCCCAUGCAAAAACUCCUCCGAAGCAACCACAGAUGAUUUCGUCUUUUCCGGCAUAAAAACUGCCGGUAACUUCUCAGAGACAGGCCUUGCAACCGUUCCUGUAAACCCAACAAAUUUUCCAGGCCUUAACACACUAGGCAUGUCGUUUGUCCGAGCUGAUCUUAAAGUUGGUGCCAUUAAUCCUCCACAUUUUCACCCUAGGGCAACCGAGAUCACUCAUGUGGUGCAUGGAAGUGUUUAUUCAGGCUUUGUUGAUUCUAACAACAGGGUUUUUGCUAGAGUUCUUGAGCAAGGAGAGGUCAUGGUCUUUCCUAGAGGCUUAGUGCACUUUCAGAUGAACGUUGGAGAAAAGCCUGCUACAGUUUUUGGAAGUUUCAAUAGCCAAAACCCAGGAAACCAAAAGAUCCCAGCUGCCAUUUUUGGUUCUGGGAUUGAUGAUGAGCUCUUGGAAAAGGCUUUUGGAUUGAGUUCUAAGCAAAUUGGAAUGAUGAAAAGAAAGUUUGAUCCUAAACUUGAGGCAUGAAACAUAAAGGCUACUUUGGUUCAGCUCUCUACAUUAUGAGAUCAUGUUCUUUUGUAUUUCCUACAUAUACAGAAUCAUGGCUUUUUUUGGAAGUCAGUGGUAGUUUAAGAUAUGUAUAACUCUAUUAAUUUUACGUAUAUAUAUAUAUUUUGCUAGUUUAAAU